UAUGCAAAAGAAGAAAGACUGUAAGAACGUACGUUAUGUUGUAUCGGAACUUAUGCAAAGUGACUUACACAAGAUCAUUGUCUCGCCACAACCGCUUAGCAUCGACCACAUUAAAGUAUUCCUGUAUCAAAUUUUUCGUGGUAUCAAAUAUCUUCAUUCGGCUAAGAUUAUCCACCGAGAUAUUAAACCGGGCAACCUUCUAGUCAAUAGUGAUUGUUGCCUAAAGAUUUGCGAUUUUGGUCUAGCUCGUGUUGAAGAACCUGAUACUUCUCGACAAAUGACUCAGGAGGUGGUUACACAGUAUUACCGGGCACCCGAGCUAUUGAUGGGAGCUCGUCACUAUUCGUCUGCUAUAGAUAUGUGGAGCAUUGGUUGUAUAUUUGCAGAGUUGCUAUCGAGAAGAAUCUUGUUUCAAGCUGCUUCACCAAUUCAGCAAUUGGAUCUCAUCAUGAACUUACUUGGUACUCCCGGACCGGAAGAUAUGCAAACAGCUUGUUCAGCUGCUAAAUCACAUAUCCUUAAGCGUCCUACGAAAUUGAUGAAUCUGACACCGUUAUAUAAUUUAAGCUCGCAUACUUCACAUGAAGCCGUUCAUCUCCUUAGUAGAAUGCUCGUCUUUCGACCUGACAAAAGAAUAGACGCCGACGAGGGUUUAAGUCAUCCCUAUAUUGAAGAGGGUCGCUUACGCUAUCAUUCUUGCAUGUGUAAAUGCUGCGGUACAGCUCCUAAUGGUGCCCGCCAAUACGCUUUGGAGUUGGAGCCUGGUUGCAUCGAACCUUUUACGACAGAUAUGGAACGAGGUUUGACUACUGUACAAAAUGUAAGGUCAAAGUUAAAUCGGUUUAUUGCCGAACAUCAAAAGUCUUCUACCCGCGUUCCAUUAUGCAUUAAUCCUAAUUCCGCUGCGUUCAAAAGUUUUUCCAGUUCUCAAACAGCUCAUGCAAGCGAGUUGCCGCCUUCUCCACAUGUCUGGGAAUCUUAA